GGUAUAGUUAAAAGUAUGAACACCAAAAACGUCCUCCAAAUGCGCUCGCCUCUCACCUCUCACCUCUCACUACCUCCCUUUCUUUCUUUACAAUUUAAAUCCCCACAAACCAAUCCACGCCAUUACCAAACAUUCUUCUCUGUCUGAACUGACCAGAUUAGAUUCCCAUUUCUCUGCAAACAGAGAUUUCCCAUUUGCUCCAAAAAUGCAUUUCUCAAAGCUCGACGACUCGCCUAUGUUCCGCCAACAGACGCAAUGCUUGGAAGAAAGUGCGGAUUUAUUGAGGGCAAGAUGUUUAAAGUUUUACAAAGGAUGUCGAAAGUAUACAGAAGGGCUUGGAGAGGGAUAUGAUAUGGACAUUGCUUUUGCAAGUUCGCUAGAAAAUUUUGGAGGAGGGCAUUACGAUCCUCUUUUUGUUGCUUUGGGAGGCCCUGUUAUGACAAAAUUCACAAUUGCUUUGAGAGAAAUUGGGACAUCCAAGGAAGUUCUUCGGUCACAGGUAGAGCACAUGCUAAAUGAUCGGUUAGUAAACUUUGUCAAUGAUGACCUCCAUGAUGUCAAGGAAGCCCGAAAGCGCUUUGACAAGACUUCCCUUACAUAUGAUCAGGCACGUGAGAAGUUUCUGGCAUUGAGGAAGAGCACUAGGAUGGAUGUUGCUGCAGGCAUAGAGGAGGAAUCGCGUGUUGCAAGAUCUUCAUUUGAGCAAGCCCGCUUCAAUCUGGUCAGUGUCCUUUCCAAUGUUGAGGCCAAAAAGAGGUUUGAGUUUUUGGAGGCUGUUAGUGGUGUGAUGGAUGCUCAUCUUCGAUACUUCAAACAGGGAUUCGAGCUAUUGCAGCAGAUGGAGCCUUUUAUUAAUCAGGUUUUGGCUUACGCACAACAGUCAAGAGAAAGCUCUAACUAUGAGCAGGAAUCUCUCAGUGAAAGGAUGCGAGAGUACAAAAGGCAGAUUGAUCGACAAUGUAGGCAGUCCUUGAAUGUCUAUCAUGGUGCUUCUAAUGGAGAUGGUAUGCAACCUUUCACUAGGACAUCACAUAAAGUGAUUGAGACAGUGAUGCAAUCUGCUGCACAGGGAAAGGUUCAAACAAUUCGACAAGGAUAUCUUUCAAAACGAUCCUCCAACUUGAGGGGUGAUUGGAAAAGAAGGUUUUUUGUUCUUGAUAGUCGAGGGAUGCUGUAUUACUAUCGCAAACCAUGGAACUGGCCAUCUUCUGGGAGUCCAACUUCUGCACAUAGGAAUAGUUCAUCUGAAGGUGGUUCUGGGCUUCUAAGUCGGUGGCUUUCUUCUCACUACCAUGGUGGUGUGCAUGAUGAAAAGUCUGUUGCACGUCACACUGUGAACCUGCUGACAUCAACAAUUAAGGUAGAUGCAGAGCAGUCGGAUUUAAGGUUCUGCUUCAGGAUUAUUUCACCAUCAAAGAACUACACUCUGCAGGCAGAGAAUGCACUGGAUCAAAUGGACUGGAUUGAAAAAAUAAAUGGAGUAAUUGCUUCCUUACUGAGUUCUCAGGCGCCUGAGAAGGGUCUGUCUACUUGGCCUUUGGAAAUGGAUGCUCAUUGCUCCACCAGUGAGAGUGAUUCAUUAGAAAGUUCUCCUAAUUUUGAUCAGACAGCUACUGUGGGACAUACAUCUAAGAAAUUCCCCUGUAAUAAUCAGUUACGUGAAUCUAGAAGUUUGCGAAAUCAUAAGAACAUUAUGAGAAAUGGGAAGCCAAUUGAUGUGCUCAGAAGGGUGCGCGGGAAUGACAAAUGUGCCGAUUGUGGCACACCUGAACCAGAUUGGGCAUCCUUAAACCUUGGUAUUCUUAUAUGCAUUGAAUGUUCUGGUGUUCAUCGUAAUCUUGGUGUACACAUAUCAAAGGUAAGAUCAUUGACACUUGAUGUAAAAGUCUGGGAGCCUUCUGUCUUAAAUCUUUUCAUGUCACUGGGCAAUGUCUAUGUAAACUCAAUUUGGGAGGAAUUAUUGCAUUCAAAAAGUACUUUUCAGGCUGAUGAAAUGCGUAAAGGCGUUUCCAAGUCUGAUAGAAAGGACCUGUUUCUUCUGAGAAAACCCAGACAUGAUGAUCCUAUUUCAGUAAAAGAGAAAUUCAUUCACACAAAGUAUGCAGAGAAGGCUUUUGUUCGCAAGAUUAAGGACAAUCACCACCUCCUUUCAGUGGCAGAACAGGUGUGGGGAUGUGUCCAUGCUAACGACAAGAAAGCAGUUUACCAUCAUAUAGUCAAUUCUGAAGCAGAUGUCAAUGUCAUUCAUGGGCAAGCAUUAAUUAGUACGUCCAUACCUUUGGCCAAAGUAAUGCAUUUGGAAGAGCAGGAAAGCUUUGACCACAAAUUUGAUUGCAUUGCAGGUAAUUCUUCGGACAAACCCUCCUUAAGUAGUUCGAAUUCGAAACGUAAAAGUGAAGAUCAGCUCACGGAGAACAGACUAGAGGGCUGUUCUCUGCUUCACCUGGCCUGCCAAACUGCUGAUAUUGGCAUGGUGGAGUUACUAUUACAGUAUGGUGCAGACAUAAAUGCUUCUGAUUUGAGAGGUCAGACACCACUACAUUAUUGUAUCGCCACUGGCAGAUCUGUAAUUGCAAAAAUUCUUCUUACAAGGGGAGCAAAUCCGCGAGCUGUCGACAGGGAAGGUAAUACCCCUCUAAAGCUUGUAUCAGAAUCAAACUUCGACGGUGAUGUCCUUGCUCUCUUAACAGAGAAAAUAGAUGGCAAUGAUAAUUAGUAAGAGCAUAACUUAUGUAAACGUACUUCUCAAAUCUGAGAAACGGUUCCCUCUAGAGGGAAGGGCCAAAAGUUGUCCAGAUAGAGCUGGCAAGUAUGGCUUACUAGGUCAUGUGUAUAUUAAUUCAGUUUUCCGCUUGAGGGCUAAUAUAGGCUAUGUUAAUCAGGAAGCUUGAAGGUCAUUGUAACAAGGUCAGGUCGACUUUUGUAUAUAACUACAGUUUUUUUAAUAUUUGCUAGGAUGAGGAGCUUCAGUUCAAUCAUGUAACAGACCUAGGGUUUUACCAAUUCUUUCUUAUAUUUGGGAAUUUGAUUGUAAUGGAAAUGACGUAAUUUUGUAGAAUGAAAUGGUAUUUAGAUUGGUUCUGUAA